AUGUUAAGCGUUGGUAUAUUGAAUGAUGCGAUGUUGUCGCGCUUACCAGAAAAGUGUAGGUCUGAAGAACUAAUAGAACUGUGUCAUAAUGUAAUGGGUAAAGCAGAUUUGUCUUUAGAAUUAGAUGAAUUAGAGGCAGCUGCAGAAAUGGUAUGUCAAGAGGAAGCACAAGUCACAGAGAAUGAAAUGGCUUUAAAAAUGGCCUCAAUGUCUCUAUUACCUAAAUCAAAGGUAAAUGCAGUGUUUUAUAGCGAUAGUUCAUCAUCUAGUAGAAAUUCCUCAGAUUCAUCAGAUCUUGAUUCUGAUGAUGAUUCAUCUUCCAGUAGUGAUCCAUCAGAAUUAUUGUCAAUACAAGAUAAAUUUGUGAUAAGGACUGAUUAG